GAACAGGUGGACAAUGAGCUCCGCAAGAUGACCGCCUUCAUCAAGCAGGAAGCCAUGGAAAAGGCCCGCGAGAUCGAAAUCAAGGCCAACGAGGAGUUUGAAAUCGAAAAGUCCAAGCUCGUCCGCCAGGAGACGGACGCCAUCGACACGCAGUACGAGAAGAAGUUCAAGCAGGCCACCAUGUCGCAGCAAAUCACCCGGUCGACCGUCGCCAACAAGACACGGCUCAAGGUGCUCGGCGCCCGGCAGGAGCUGCUCGACGGCAUCUUCGACGAGGCCCGGCGGCAGCUCGCCGCCGUCGUCAAGGACGGCGCCCGAUACCAGAAGACGCUCAACGGGCUCGUGCUCGAGGGCUUUUACGCUAUGAACGAGCCCGAGCUGCAGGUCCGCGCCAAAAAGGCCGACUACGACGCCGUCAAGAAGGCUAUUGAGGGAGCCGCAAAGGAGUACAAGGAUAAGGUUGGAAAGGACGUUUCUGCGACGAUUGACGAGGCCAAUCCCCUGGACGAUUCAAUCGCCGGCGGCAUCGUCAUCAUCGGUGGAAAGGGAAAGAUUGACAUUGACAACACCCUCGAGGCCCGGCUGCAACUGCUCGAGUACUCCGCGGCGCCGGCCGUGCGAGAAGACCUGUUCGGAAAGAACCCCAACCGCAAAUACUACGACUAAACUCACACUCCACCCCCCCUAUAAUCACUUGGCAGCUGUAUCUCAUUACCUUGACACGAGGAAAGAGAGGGACGAGGAUGGGGAACGGUAUUGCUGCGUUGCAAGAGUAGAGGAGCGUCACAUUGUGAGAAAGGAAGAUGACAAUCGAGGCAUGCAUUUCGUCGAAUUAAUUGAGCUUUUUCUUUUCCCC